AUGAGCGACGACGACAAUGGGGAUUCUGAACUCGAUGAGGAAAUCCACCAGUUUUCCAAAAAUCUGGAAAGGAUGCGGAAGCGCAGACGGCUCAUAGAGCUGCAGGCACAAAUCGCGGAGGAGAGGAAAUGGCUGCAAGAAGCGCAAGAACGCCUCGACAACGCUCGACGAACUGUGGGCCCCGACGCUUUGGCUUCGGUUAGUCACCAAUCGUCGGUGGUUCCUAGAUCGUCUGUCGUUCCAAAUCCACCUGUCAUCUCGGAAUCGACAGCGUUCUCCGUUGCCCCGGCCAAGACACCAGCAGCGCUGUGGAUGCGUUCAUGA